AGACGCCGCCUCCCGUUCCACCGCAACCCUCCUUUGCUUCAGCCGGCCCUCUUUUUUUCCCCCCACCCCUAAAUUGUUUUCCCGUUUCGCUUCCCCUCCUCGUACUUCCCAACUCCCGCCGAAUCCGCCUCCUUUUGCAGCUGCGACUACACCGCCUUACCCAUGGCGGAGUAUGAAGGCAGCGGGGGAGGGAUCGGUGGCAAGAUCCGGAGGCGCUACUUUCGUCGUACGACGCCCUACGACCGUCCCGCCACGGCCGCGAGGCCCAUCCGCGAGCUCCAAGCGGCGGAACGCCGCAACGGCUGGCUGUCCAAGCUCGUGGACCCGGCUUCCCGGGCCAUUGCAUGGAGCGCGUCGAUCCUCUUUCCCUCCGUCUUUCAGGGGCGGCUGGAGGCUCCCCUGCCUGCUACAUCAGAGGCAAAGCAGGGAUCUGAGAAAGAAGUCCUUGAAGAAUACCAUGCUAAUUUACUACCGGCAAGACAAGAGCAAUUUCCCAGUCAUGGAAAGAAUCCUUUUAACUAUCUUAAUACUGGCAAUGCUCAGGAUGGGACUCAUUCUUCUUGUACUGAUGGAGAACUUGAUCAACUACUGAUUAAGAAAACUUAUACAAGGAGUGAGUAUGAUCGCAUUGCUCAGAUAUUACGUCUUAGAGUUACAGAAACAAGUAAGCCAGUUGAAAAUAAUGACAUGGGAGAAGUCCCUGAUAAAGUGGAUAACCAGAAGCAGUGUCCUAUUAGUCCAACAGUACAACCAACAUCAAGUUAUGUCAAAAACAAUAAGGCUGUUGCCUCAGCUGAAGAAGCAAAAAACACCUGUAGCUUUCAUGGAAAUGAUGCAUCUCAAGCUAGCUUAUUAUCUGUUUCCAAGGAAGAAGUUGGAUCACCAACCAAAAUUGCUAAAGGUUACAUGAGUUUGAGGCCUUCUGAAUUAUAUCCAACAGCUCUAAGCAUGCAAACUCAAAAUUUCAUGAUGGAUAGAACUUUUCCUAAUGGUCCUUCACAUGCCAAGCAAUCAUUUGACAAAUCAAUGGCAUUAAGAUCCCUAGUCCAACAUUCACAGCCACUUGAGUUUACAAAUUCAGAACUUCAUGGCAGAUCAACAUUCAAUAAAAUGUCUCAUUCUCCAUAUUUUAAGCCCCAUUCAGUGGCUAAUACAGAAGUUUCUAAUCCUUAUGAGAUUACACCUCAGAACCAUACACGUCUGAAACUUCAUGGGAGAUCAGCAAUAUACAAAAUGGCUCGUUCUCCAUACCUCAAGCCCCAUUCGGUCGCUAACCCAAGGAAGAUGCUGAAACGAGGGAGCUCAGUUUUGGAUGAUGGAAUUGGACCUGUUAGCCCCAUUCGUCGGAUUCGCCACAAGUCUAAUAUAACAUCUCCACCAAGAAGCUCAUUCUCAUCAAUGCGACAUUUUCCUUCUUCCUCAACUUAUGUUGAUCCAUCUUCUGUACCUUCGAGCCAAAAGCUUCUGCACUGGAGUGAGCAAAAGAAGAAUGAUAAGGACCUACAUAAUGUUGAAAGUAUCAUGUCUCCCAUUGUUCCAAUUCCUCCUCAAUCCAGUGAAAUGGCUAGGAAGAUACUUGAGCAACUUGAUAAAUUAGCUCCUGCUCCAAAAGUGAAAUCAUCUAAUUUGAAAAUUGGCAUGGAUGAAUCACCUCUUAUGCUAACUCACGACAUUCUGAGUAGCCCGGCCCUCAAAAGUAUGGAGAAAAUUGAAAUGACUAAGUUUGUGAAUGUGCAAGAAAAUGGUAGUUCUGAAUCUCCCAAAGAUGGCCUUCAUCAAAGAAAUCCUAUUUCUGAGAAGCAAUAUAUGGCUGAAGAAACUGGAUCUGCAGCCUCUGAUCCUCCAAAAUUUGAAAGAGUUGUUACAGAGGUCAAGCCUAGUGUAUCAGCUACACAUUUUACUGUUUCAGAUGUUGCUACUAUCCCUACUACAAGAAAACCUGCCUUCCAGAUGAGUGUUCCUGAGGACCUUGAUGAAUUGGACGAUGAAAGUGAUUCGAUAAAGGAUUCUUCUACAAGUGCAAAUGGUAAAUCUGAGCUGUUACCAGACAUCCAGAUCACACAAAUUGCAGAAACUAGGUUGGAGGCUUCUAAAAUUUCUUCCUCUAAUGGUGUUCUUGUAUCUACAUCAAUGUUGGAUGCAAAUGCCAUGAAGGUUCCUAAUGUGUCUGGUAAUGGUGACUUAAAUGGAUUAGAUUUUCCUGUGUUACCUCUGCCUGGUUCUUCAUCAAUGCCUUCGACAAUUCCGACUUCAGCCAUGCCUCCUUUCCAACCUACACCUCUAAAAGAGAAAGCCUCAUCUCCUAUUCUAAAAGAUGGGUCGAUGGUAUAUUCAGCUGGAUCUCCUUCAAUGACAGCUGGUUCUGAUGGCCCAAAUUUUCUUGCAAGGGAUCAUAACAGAAAAGGCAUAUUUUCAGAUUUUGAUAAAGUUGGUAAAACAUUGAAGGGUGGAGAUAUAUUCAAUGCAUUAGGAAAUGCUACUCCGUCAAGCUUGUCAACUUCACCUAACUGGAGCUUAACAACUAGUUUUGGCAUUUCUUCAACUUCCAAAUUAAGUAAUGAUACUGCUUCUUUGACAAAUGAGCCUAUGAAGCCAUCCAUUUUCACUUCGAGCAACUCUACCACUCCAAGCACCUCUGUUUCUUUGUCAAGCACUGUUAGCACUUCUUCCGUCCCUCCAUUGUCAGUAUUUACAAGCAUGAGCAGUAGCCCUUCUCCUCCAUCGGCUUUAUCGUCAGAUUCAACUUCUUUAAAUGGACUUUUAAAAUUUGGUGUACCAUCACAGCCUAGUGGUGCUAGUUCAUUAUUUUCUAUCAGCAGUUCUCAGAGCAUUUCUUUUGGGGCUUCAGCUGGAUCAAGUUUUUCUAGUCAGCCAGUAGCGAAUAGUUCUGCUGUGUCAAAACCUUUGUUGAGCACAUCUGUUGAUGCCAUUCAGGCAUCAACUUCUGCUGCCCCUUUAUUUGGUUUAUCAAGUGCUGCUACUAAACCUCUUGGUGCAAGUUCUGGUCUCACAUUCCCUACUUUUACUGGAUCAUCUUCAAACUCUAGCAGUUCUACUACCACUAUGUCAACAUUAAAUUUUGGUUCAAGUUCUGGCUUUUCCCUUUCCAGGUAUACCAUUUCAUCUCAAAGUGCUGGAAGCAGCAGCUCCUUAAUAUCAACUGCUCCUUUUGGUUUAAGCAGUGUUUCCCCUAUCUUUACUGGAAAAUCUUCAGAAUCUGGUAGUUCUAGUACAGUUGUAUCAAGUUCUGGUCUUUCCCUUUCUAGUGCUAAUGCUUCAUCUCAAAGUUCUGGCAGCAGCAACUCCCUUGUCUCAACUGCACCUUUUGGCUCAACCAAUGCUGCUUUUUUGCCUGGUACUACUUUUUCGAUCAACUUUGGUGCAAGCACUGCAUCAUUUGGCUCAAGUACCCAGGAAUCCCAAUCAUCAGUAUCUGUCCCUACUUUUGGUUCCAUAUCAUCUUCACCGAUUGCAGGGUUUUCAUUUGGCGUAAACACUCAAGCAUCCCAAUCAUCAGUCUCUAUCCCUACUUUUGAUUCCACAUCAUCUUCACCAGUUACAGGAUUUUCAUUUGGCGUAAACACUCAAGCAUCCCAAUCAUCAGUCUCUGUCUCUACGUUUAAUUCUACAUCAUCUUCGCCAUCUACAGGGUUUUCGUUUGGAUCGGCUCCUUCAGGGAGCUCACCUUUUCCAUUUGUUGCAUCUUCGAUGCCAGCAUUUUCAUUUGGUUCAACUGGAAGCACAUCAUCCCUUUCUGCCUCUCCUGCACCAUUGUUGUUUGGAACACCAAAUCAAUUAGUUGCCUUGAAUUCGUCACCUGGAAAUGAUCAGAUGAGUGUUGAGGAUAGCAUGGCUGAUGACCCUGUCCAACCAUCUGCUUCGCUGGGGACACUUGGGCAACCAACCAACAUGCCUUCACCAAAUUUUAUUUAUGGUUCUCCAGCUGCUCCUGGUGGACAGCAAACCUUUCAAUUUGGAAGCCAGCAAAAUAAUUUUGCUCCAUCUCCAUUCCAACCAGCUCCAAAUUUAGAUUUCACCGCUGGAAGUAGCUUCUCUUGGGGAACUGGAGGUGGAGAUAAGUCUGGUCGAAAAUUUGUUAAAGUCAGAAGAGAUAAGCAUCGGAGAAAGUAGGAGGAAAACAUGAUAGUAACAGAUAUGCCUUUUUGACGCAUGCUUAUUUUUAUUUAUUUGUUGGCAAUGGUUUUAGAGGCAAGAGGUAGGAUUUUUAAAGUGCAAGAUCCCUGGAAUGUUGGCACUUCAGCCGCCUAUUAAUGAAGUUUUUGUGCACUGAAGACUGCAUCUGUGCAGCAUAUGGUUUUCGAAGUUUCCUUCUUCCCUUUGUAACUCUCGCACUUUAGUUUGGUCAGAUGGAUAAGCAUCUGCGUUUUGUAUGCUUGUAUUUGUUUUCCUGUUGUCGAUGCUUGUAUUUGUUUUCCUGUUGUCGGAUUAUCUGUAUUUAAUGUAAUCUGUAUUCCACUUAAGCGAUUUUUCCUAUGUGAGAGCUGUACCAUUAUGAAUUGAAUACAAUAUUAUUUUUUAUUUUCUGCAA